UGGACAGUAGACAACGAGGUGCGCGUUAUGAGCUUAAAAGGAGCAAUUAUUUAUUAAGUAGUACUCAAAGAAAAUUGAAGUGAUAUCAAAUCAAGUAAAGUUUCUAUAAUUCUAUUAUUCGUAUAAUUAUUUGCAUAGUGUUGGUGUGUGGAAGUGGUUUUUUUUAAGUAGAAGCAUGUGCGGGUGUUUCUGAAAUCCAAUGUGGAACAUUUUAUAAGUGACAUAGUCAGAAACGCAUAUUUGUUAAUUGAUGCAAUACAAGAAAAAAAAUUGAAACAAAAAGCUGUCUGUAAAAGUUAAAGAUGAGUGCCAAUGAGUCCUCUAAACCAUGUGUAGCAACAACGUCUGGUGGAGAAGAAAAUGUUGGCACUAUGACUAGCCAACCAACAACAACAACCAGUCAGAUCAUAGACACCAACGAAAUGCAUUCCAACAAAGAUUCUGGUAGCGAUGGUGCCAAACGUGCAGACUGGCCCCAUAUACAAAAAAGUACUAACGACACCCCCUCGCCAAAUCCUGUUGCUGCUGGACAAGGUCAAAAUUCCAACAGUGCUAAACGUGUCAUACGUAAAGUUAUGGUAAUUGACCCGAAGAAAUUGCAACAAGCUGGCUUAGAUCGUAAAUUAGCAGAGGCAAUCGGAAGGCAAAAGCUCAAGGCGUUGGCUAAAGAGCAAAAGAAAAGUAUACAACACGGAGAACCUAGUAAGUUGUCAGCAAAUGAGCCUUCAGGAAGCCAAUCAAUUGGGCUUAUGGAAAUAUCACAAGCAGCGACCAUAACAAAAACUACAGAAGAAACGAUAUCAACGAUAAAGACAAAGCCGGCGGAACUUACUGCAGCAACAACAGAUAUAACAACUAACACAGAAUCAACUACUUCCACGGUAAAAACAACACCAACACCGUCAACUAUAACAACACUUUACGCAACUAAGAAACUGGAGUCAGAAAAAAAUGUAUUCGUGAAAUCAUCAGCUGCGGAAGUGGCAUCAGAUAAAUUGGGCACAGCAGCAUCCAAUGCACCUGCGCCUGAUAGGAAAGCUUUUAUUACACCGAAAAUAACCAUAACACGUCCUGUCGAAGAGCCUUCGCCAGUCCGUAUAAUUCCCGAACACCGUUUGCAGAAUGUGAAAUAUAUAUUACAAUGUAAGAUUUUGAAAAAACAACAACUAGCGGCCCAAGCUCACCAGCCAGUACAGGCUUACCAGACGGUACAAGCUCACAAGGCAGUACUAACUCAUCAGGCAACACCUCAAACUUUCCAAACCACUGGCACAACGACGCCAUUGCCUUCUCCAAUCAAGAUUCAAACACCGUUGAUUGCACCUAAAGAGGAAGCAGAAGAAUUCAUAAGCAUUUCCAAGCCAGAGUUACUGAAAAAACCAUCUCCUGCCAAAACUCCACAGGAUAUUGCACGUGUGCUUGACUUUAACUCUGAAGCAACUACGGAUGCCUCAGCUAUUGAGGCAAGUUCAAGUAAAAUGGAGAAAGGUGUUGAUAGCGAUGCUUUGCAUAUUAAAAAUUAUAACCCUUAUGCCCCUAAAGCUUCGUUGGUAAAGGCAGAAACGGCGGGUACGCGAGCUGUUGAUGUUGCGCGAUUAGUUGCACGUAUCGGUAGUGUUACAAUGCGAAAACAUGUCGAUCAGUUCAGCGAUAGAGCUGUGAAUUCUACCAACUCCGCCGUUGAAAUACCGAAAGCAACAAUAAGAUGUAAAAAUGUACCAUUCGAAAUAAAAAAUAAUAAAGUUUCAGUUCGGAAGGUUCAAAGCUCAGCUAAGAAUGCGUCUGCCAGAAAACAACCUCAAGAAAUUAUGCAAAAAACUCCUAUGAGCCCAUUAUUUGCGUUGAAGGAUACUGGAAUAUCUGCGGCGAAUAAAACUGUGAAACUUGUUUAUAAAUUACCCUUGAAACAGCCAGUCGAUAACGAAAAUGAUAAACCCGCUAUCGGACCUCCGAAUUUCGGGCAACACAAAGAGCAUUUACAAUUCAAAGAUGUACCUGCAUUUUGCACGCUAAAACAACCAUUUUCUGUUGCUACGCAUUCGCAAGAAAUGCCUUUGCCUUCAAAUAGAACUGUGAAAAUCAUCUAUAAAGCACCACCGAAACAGCCAAUCGAUAACGAAAACGAUAAAACCUACUCCGCAUACACUAAUCCGUCGCAACCUAAUGAGCAUUUACAAUUUAAAGAUUUUCCUGCAUUCUCUCCCCUAAAACAUCCAUUUCCUGUUGUUACACAUUCGCAAGAUUUGCCUUUGCCAACGAUCUCAACAUUCAGAAAUCCGUUUCCGACAUCAUUAAUCAAAGUGGGUAAAAUGGAGCAGUUACAGAAUGAUAACAUAGAUAACAAUAUCCCAACAACUACUGAAGAAUCCCGCCCCUCUCAUUCUCCAAAAAGUUUGAUUGUACUGGAGAAUAAAGUAUUAUCACAAGAUGAAAAGAUUGAUCUAACGGCACUAGGUUUGGGAACGCCCAAUAUAGAGCCAACACCAGAAGCGCAAGCAAUGGAAACUGAAGAAACGCCUGCGUUGGGAGAUAAUCCAGUUGUGCCAAGCUCCGCGACACCGCUGAUUCCCGAGGGAGCUAAAAUUAAUAAUCGUACCAUUUUGUCUAUGGACAAGCUCAAAUUGUCUGCGGGAAAGAUAAAUGAGCUUGUCAAGAUAAUAAAAGCUAACAAAGUUAACUCAAAACACUUUCUUGUUGUUCGAAAAGUGGAAAAUACACAAAAGCCAAAUGAAAAGUUGCAUGAGUUGAGUAAAACAAAAGUUAAUAUUACUAGUAAUCCCAAUACGAAGCCAAUGACUGAAACCGGGGCGCAACCUGUAACAAAUUCCAUAAGCCCUGAUUUGAUUUCGCUUUACACGAGUACUUCUGUACCGCAAAACACAUUGCAGACUCCAACGAGCCAAAGUCCAAGCAUUCCUGAAGCAUCAAUAUCACAACUAAUAUCCAAUAAUACACAGCCUAGCUGUUUAUUUCAAACCCAAAACAAUUUGAUAAACCCGACAACAACAGUUUCCACUUCAUUAGGAUUCAAAUGUGAACCAUUAACAGAUCAAGACUCUCAAUCUGAUUCAGAAACACAAUUCAAAAAUCCUUUGCCGCCCAUUGCACAAAAAAUGUCUGGUACAGAGCAAUAUGGCCGCAAUAAAUCCUCAGUCUAUGUAAUUGAUAGUGGCGAGGAAUCGGAUGCGUCAAUUUCUGCUGUUGAUUUCAUAGCUUCACUGGCAGCUGAAAAUCCCAUUACUGAGGAUAUGAAAUUGGAACUCUCGCCGGAAGAGUUAAAUUUGAAUGCUUCAUUUGCAAUGAAUUUUUCACCUUUGCGUAUACCGAACAGGGAUAGAACUGAGAGUAUAAAAAGUGAAAUAACUGAACAGGAAUUUUUUGAAGACUGUAAUGCACCAAACACUGAGUUAUUACCUGAUACAUUUGAGCCUGAAAUGGUUUCUGAUGACGUUCAAAUCGGCAAGAUCAUCACGAUCAGUGAAGAGAAUAUUCUGAAAGCUGUAGCUGCUUCCAAACUCAGUAACAAUGAAAUACCUACUGAAAUGCAAGAAGUUUUUAAACUCACCAAAAACACUGAUUUUCUGGACACAAGGGACACAGUUAAAGAAGAAGCGCAAAUAAAUAAUUCAGAAAAUAUGAAUAACCUAGAUAUAAUAGUCACUGACAGCUUAUCUGAAACGGCAGUGGGCCCCAUAAUAGUAAAGAACAUCGAAAUCGGCCACAUCAACAAUUUUGAAGAACCACGACCGAGUCCAGUGAUCGUGAAAGAUUUAAGAGUUGGUGUAACAGCCUGUUUCGGAGAAUUGAGUGAAAGCGAAGGAGUUGCAGUUGGGGGAGCUAAUCUAGAGGGCGAUAAAGUUUUGCCAGUAGAAGGUGGAGCAGCGACUAACAGUUUGUUAAAUGUAGAAGAACACCAAAUGAGUGAUGUAAGUAAAUCUGAUGCAAGCAGGUUAUUAGAAGAAACUUCAUCCACGGUGGAGAUAGAGACGGUUCAAACGCCAUCACCGGAACUGGAAAUUAAAACCUCAGAAAAUACAGAUUUCAAAGUCUACCUUGCUUCAUCGGCAGAUCCUGACACCAGCGUAAGCUUGCAAAAUUUGGAAAAGAGCAUUUGUGAAGAAGCUCCUAAGUCGGACCCACCUUGUGCUCCCACUAAUUGCGUGCAGGAGUGCGACGAAAUGAUUAACACAGAGAAUACCUCUAAAUUGACGCAAUCGCCAAAUCAAAACCUAUUCGAGUCCCAAAUGGUUCAAAUGGAUAACCAGAAACCUAGCAAACAGUCGAAUGUGGAUGAAACUACUGAGUGUGUUGAAAAGAAGUCUGUCAUAGGAGAAACAUCCAGUGUAGGACUCAAGAGAUUGCCGCGUUUCAAGAAAGGCAAAAUAAAUUUAGUUCAACGCAAGAAGAUGUCCGGAAAUGCACAACAAACGAAAGACACAAAGUUAUCCGAAAAUAUCAAAGCGGCGGCUAAUGAAAAUAAGGCCGACCAGGAAACUGUUAUAGAAGGUAUCGCUGCAUCUUCUAAGAUAGGCAGUGAAAUCAAUAAAGCAUUUGAAAGGAAAAUUGAAAAAGAUUUACAAAGUAAUGAGGGAGAGUCCAAUGUUGUUUCGUCGCCAAUAAAAGAAUCAAUAGUUGAAAUUGAAAAUAACAAUAAUUCUUCUGUGUCCACCGCCGACCACUUUUCUCACGAAUCAUCGGUUGAAGUUGAAAGAAUUUCAACAACUCCUAUUUGUAACGAAGCUUUUUCGAGGCCAAGUGGCUUAAUGCGUAAAACUGCAGAUAUAACGGAGCUUUUGCAUCCGCCUAAAAUGCCGAAGCGAAAAUCUGCUAAUGCAGAUAUCAAAUCCGAUACUUUAUCUAAAGAUUUAACCGACGAAAAAAUUAGUAAUAUUCUAGUAACUGCAGCAAAGACAGAACAAACUGAACUGACGAUGGCCAAAAAUCCUUUCAAGAAACCAAAAAUCGACUUAAAUGUCAAUCAAAAACCAAUAAAGGGAAUUCAGAAUCUUUUGACAAAAUUCCACGAAGAGAAGAAUAUUAGUGAGGAUAAAGUUGUUAAAGAGCAGGCAAUUGUCGAACACGAAUUGACUAUUGACAAUGUGAGAUGUGAAGACACUUUAGCGAAGGCAGUAGAUGUUGGGAAAUCAGUUGGGGAACAUUUAAGAGCUGUGACGGUAGAGGGUUCAGCAGAAAAUCUAGCGAAGUCUGCUGAAGAAAUUAUACAAACUAUAGAGAAUAUUGCCGAACAACCGAAGUCACCCGAAAAUGCUGAGGACGAGACUGAUCGAUUAGGAAACUCACUGAAGCAGGAGGGACAAGUGGGCACAGAAUUUGCAGAUAAAAACAUGCUUCAACUUGCAAAAUCUAAUUUUAAAGUCUCGGAUGCUAAUAAACCCGACACGGCUGAAAUUGCUAAAGCUUCAAAAGACUGUCAUAUUGUAAAUGUGACAGAUAAAAAAGAGUUAGAGAAAAAUAUGGCUGAAGAUAAUAAAGAGAGCGAAAAAAUUAAAUCAGAUUUCCUUGGCUUUGACCACAGUUUUCCGGGUACACAUAACAUUGAAAGCAAUCUACAACAGAUACUCACAAUCACCAACAGUGCUGAAAAAACCAAAACUCAAGAAGAAAACUUCAGUACUGCAGAGCGUGAGAGUCUACAUGCAGACUCAAGUGAUGGUCCACAAAAAAGUUGGCUGAAUACUACCAAGACGACGCUCAGCAAAUCGAACAUGGGGCAGGUGAGAAAGUCAACGAAUCGACGUAGUGUGCCACUAAAGAAACGUUGGGGCGUAUUGCGUAAAUCCGAAGAUGAUAUAGAUAUAGUCGAUGAUACAUCACCGGUGGACGAUGACGACGAAGAUGACGAGAUGAACUAUGCUGGCACGCAACAAAAUACGACACAACCAAAAGAGGCGAGCAGCGAUGCAAAUAAAAAAGCGAUGAAUGUAAAUGAUAUCGGACAAGGGGAAACCGGAGAAAGUACGUUUUUGGAAUCUACAGCCAAAGAAGAAGCCACAGAUAAUACUAAAAAUGAAAAUGAGAAAUCGAAAGUGAUGGAAGUUGCAGCAGCCUUUACUCCCAGGGGACCAACAAUAGAUUUAACGGCAAUCAAGCGUAAGAGGUAUUCCAGAGAUAUCACAGAUGUUCAAAAUCUACCACAGGAAAGCGUACCUACUUCCGAAAAUACAAGUUCCAGCGUUUUAGAAACUCCAAAUAAAAAGCUACGUUUGAUGUCUACAGAGAUUGACAGAAAGGAAAGUGAAAAUAGCACCGUUACAAAGGCAACACAGCCAAAAGAACUAUUACAGCAACAGCCACAAAACAUUCUGGAGACAAGCAGUACCACCGAUUCACCCAAUACUGCGAACGAACCCGUUACAAACGUAAUUGCUGGGCGAUCAAGUAGUCAUGUCUCGGAGGAUCUCAUAGAAAACAUUGAAGAAGCGCCUAAAAAACCUAAAGUUAAACGAGGGCGUAAACCCAAAGUUAAAAUUGAAUGCAACGAAUCAAUUGACAUAAAACUAAUAAGUGCAGACACGGCAUCGACCCAGACUGCAAAUAAAAGGAGAAAUACGUCGGCCACAAAUGAGCCAGUAAAUGAGCGAAGUCAUAACGGAGGCACUAAGGGUGUAAUAAAAGAGCAGGAAUCAGACCGCCCUUCUGAGAAUUUCGAAGCAGAGGGAAACAUUGGUAAAGAAGCUGAAACCGCAACAGAGCAGCCUAAAACUCCAAAAAAGAGGGGAAGGAAGCCAAAAGCAAAAACUGCUGAUACUUCAGAAUCAACCAGCUCAAAAGCAUGCAAAGAAGUUGCAGCUAAUGUUAAGAAAAAAUCUACCCGCGGUAAGUCUAAAGGUAAUGAGUUAAGGCCGUCAUUUUCUGGGGUUCUGGUUAAGGAGGAAUUUGUCAGAACGGAUACUGAGCUAGUUGUGCCAUCGCUAAUUGAAAUGGAAAUUAUUGAAGCAGCCGUUGGGAAAAGCUCUGACGCCAUGCAAGCACAAAGCGAUAAGCAUAAACUUGCAACAUCUACACCUACAGCUGUACAGUUACCAGAAGAAGGCGCUAAAAAAUCAAGAAGAACUCGCAAGUCGUUAGGAGAAAUAGUUGUGAGCUUAGCCAAAACCCAAACCGAAAAUGAAACGAUCAACAAGGAGGAAAGUACACAGCCCGUUGUGCCUAAGAAACGUGGACGCAAGCCAAAAUCACUAACUACGGCACUGCUGAAUGCAACUGAUUCUGAGGUGUGUAAUGGUGUUGCGGAGCCGAAGAAAAGCAUUGAGAGCACAAGCAACAAACUUGAAGAAGAUUUAAAUGCAUCGAAUAUAGAUGAAAAAGUUAACGAUUCAACUGUAAAUGUGAGCCAGGCAGCAGCCGAGCUUGAGACGCCCGUAAAAAUUCCUAAAAAACGUGGCCGUAAACCAAAAGCUUUAUUGGCAACACCUGAAACCCCAGCCGACGAAGAGUCUGCCAAAACCCCUGGGAAACAACAGGGUAGAAAAGUUAAGGUAGUAGAUUUAGAGACGCGCGGCACAUUUAACGAACGUCUAUUGCUGGUGACUAAACGAGCACAGCUCGAUACGGAUGAAGUGCUCACUGUCGAACCGGUGGCAACCAGCUCGAAUACAAGUGCCAUAAGUUGUGGACUCUGUUUGCAGCAAAUGAAGCGUGACACCUGGCUAGAUCACUUGGCAACCCACUAUGGUGUAGGUUGGAUUGUAGGCGAAAUGACAGCAACUAAUGUUACAAUUCGUAACGAAGUUUUAAAGGUUAUGACGGCCUUUCUGAAAACCACCGCUGGAGAAUAUCCACUGACCUGUCGCAUGUGCAAGCGCACCUUUCGUUCGGCUUUGGGCACGUUGCUGCACAUUGAGCUUUGUGGCGCGGCAAACACGCGCGCUCCAUGUGAUUACUGUAAUCGAGAUUACUCAAAACUAAGCCUUGCGACUCAUAUGCGAGAUUGCAGCCAAAAAAUGCUGAAUAAAACUGACAAUAGUCCUGAGGCUGGAGAUGCAACGACUGAGAUAAAGGAGACAGUUUUAAAUAAUGUGGGGCGAAUGAAACGUGCAUCUGUCCAGAAGGCUGAAAAAAUCUUGAAAGCCAUAGGCAGGGACUCGAAAAGCGCAGGAAUAUUGUCUCUAAAAGAUGCCAAAAAUUACAUUGAGCUUGUUCCCGUCGCGGUACUUGAGAAGAUUUCGGAAAAAUGGUCUUACGACUUAGAAUCGGUGGGGAAAGCCCACUGUCCCGCGCAGAAUUGUACCUUCGAAUCGCAGGAGCUAAACACACUUCAAGCUCAUUUUGCUAGCUGUGAAUUGAAAGAAAGUUCCAAGCCAAAAGGCGUCUAUAAGUGCCAACUUUGUGUGAGUUCUACAAAAACCUAUCAAAGCGCUAAGCUUGCGACGAAACACGUACUUCAAAAACAUAAACACACAGAAGAUGCGCCUGAUUUCGAAGCAGAUGCUUCGGAUUGUGGCAUUAAAACGGAUGAUGAGUCCAGUGGUGCAGACGAUGACGUGUCAUCGGGUGUAGAUUCGAAUGAGGAAAGUGUGCGUGGUGAAAGCUCUAAUGAAGGUGGUGAAGGACGCAAAACUGUGCCGAAGAAGAAGUCAAAAAAGAAAAAACCAGUAACUCCGGUGACAAUCGAUCCGAAUAGUGAAAAAUUAUAUCCGCCGCGUGAUCCUGAUUACUAUCGUAAAGUACCACAAUUGUGGGAAGAAUUCACAUCGCAAAAUUACAGCACGCAACCGCUGUAUACCGACACCAAAGUAAACUACACCAUUUGCGCACGCGCAGACUAUGAAAAGUAUCUCCCGCGUUUCAAAUGUUCCAUGAAAUUUAACGUGAAUUCGAACCUAAAGCUCACCAGCAUGAAACCCAAAACACAAUUUGGCAAAGCGGAGAGCUUGGAGUGGUCACAAUUGCAACUAUUGGAGAUGAGCACACAAAAUGGUGAGCAUUUGCUUUUUAUUGGCGAAGCUAUUAAAAUUGUUGGUUGGGUGCCAUUGCCUGCGGACAUUAGCGAACAAUACCUACUUAUUAGCACACGCCGUGAAUAUACCCGCUAUUACGAACCCAAAAUUGGCCAUACAUUACUUUGGCUGUACAAAGUCAUACCCGCUAAAGGACGUGAGCCGUUUUGCAUGCAGCUGCAGUACGCUAUCAAUAUACCCAAUGGACCCGUGCUUUGUCUGGCGUUUUUGCCUAGCGGUGGCUAUGAUGCGAGUGCAAAUCGUUUGGGCCUAGUAGCUAUUGGCACGCCAACAAGCACGAUUCGAGUUUAUGCAUUACCUUUGAUUGUGGAGAAACAAGCUGCCACGACUGCACCAUCAGUUUCAGAAAAGUCGGCGCACAUAUUACAGAAUUUGACUGUGAUUGAUUUGCAACCAGUUUGGCUGCUCGCAUUGGAUAUAACUAAGAGCGACUUGAGCGCACAUCCCUUUGUGAACACACAAUGCACGGCACUUUGCUGGUCGGAGUUUUCCGAACACAUGCACAUUUUCGCGGGUUAUGCAAACGGUUGUAUCAGCUACUGGGAUAUUUCCAGUGAUAUGAAUCUGAAUCGCACCGUCAUCGACGGAGUGCCACAUUUUGUGCCAAUGAAUUUCUUUUAUACGCGCGAGAAGAAAGUUGGAGCUAUGGCGCUGCAUUAUGACCCCUCAGGUGUGCGCGUGCUUGCCGUCGCCGUUAGCUGGCGAUUGCUGUUAUUCUAUGACUUGCAACUGUUCGUGCGUCCUAUGUUGCUAAAAGAAGAAAUGACAAGAAAUGAGGUGACGGAUUUGGAGUGGUCACCGAUUUGGCAAACUUUGGCUGUCGCUGUUUCCGAUUCCUUACCCAAUAACGGUCGUUGCACAUACGCCGUGAGUCCUACGAAUAUAGGUUUCAAAAACGAGUCAAUUGAUAAAAUGCUUGGCGCAGUCACUAAAAUUCAUUACAAUCCCUUGCAACCAUUUUUGGCUAAUGCGACCGAAAAUGGGGACGUAGUAAUAUUGGAUAUACGCGAAAUGCAUUUGAAAGAAAUAAUGCGUGAUUCACAACGAAAUUGUCGCGCUGUUGCAAUAAUGGAUGUGAAAUGUUUGAAUGGUAAGGAUAUACCCAGGUUGGAUCAGAAAGCAAUGCCGCCAGGCUGGAAGUUCUUCGAUGAUACUUAUAGAGAGAAAUAUGGUGUGGUGUUUGGGCCGGUGACGAAGGUUGAUAAAAUACAUAAACCGCAAUAUCUUAGCGACCAACGUCGACCGCCACUACAUUUAAUUCCCUGUACGCGCAUAAAUGGUUUGCGUUGCAAUUUAAACACGCACGGGGGAAAUUUGCUCGCUCUCGGCUAUGAAAACGGUUUUGUGCGUAUAUUCAAAGUCGAAAGGAAAUCAUUCCAAUAAAAUUGUAUGAAUUUCAAGUCUAGUAGGAAAUGGGAACUGGAAAAUACAAUUCAUUAAAAAAAUGUUGUUUUUCUUGUGUUGUAGCAGCACAAACAUUCCCCAUACAUAUACGAGAAAUGCUGCUGAAGUGACGGUCUUUGGUAGGUUAUAAACCCGUGUCUUUCCAGUUACGUAAAACCGACUGUCGUGGGAGCGAUUAAUAAAAUGUAAUAAUAUUUAGUUGUAAAUAGGCUUCAUGUAUCUAUAUAUAUAAAAUAUAUAAAUAUAAGGUAUUUUUAGUCAUUUAUGUUAAAAACUUCUCUUUUUCCUGCGUUUUUAUUUUUUUUAUUUUUUAGUUUAGUUUUCUUCCGAGAAAACUAGUCAUUACAGUUACUAUGAAACUAAGAAGAAUUUAUUGUAAACGCUGGUUUAUUAAUUAUUAUUAGUUAGUAUAGCAAUAAAUAAUUUUUUAGAUAUUAACAGGUGAAGAGCUUCAUAUGUAUGUCUUAAGUGAAAUGUUUCAGUCAUAGUCAUAAAUUUAAGAAUUAUAUGCAUAACUUUAAGAUUGUUUGAAAUAUUGUUUAAGUCUAGACUACUACUACUUUAUUAAACAAAUACUCAUUGCAGUUGGAUCGAGAUCAACGAUUACCUUCUAACUUUAAAAAAACUCUUCUAACCUUAAAAAGCUGAAUUUUUUUUAAAUAUCCCUUUAUGCCGAUCUUGCGAAAAUAUAACUAUAUCUGCAUAGACGUUUGGGCGGCUGAUAACAGAAUAUCUUCUUUAUGGGAGGUGGCUGCAGUUGUAGGCGUAAUUUCGUAUUUUUUUUUAGAUAACUUCGAAACAAAAAUAAAUGCAAUGAAUCUACGGAACUAUAAGAAGUAGUUUUUAGACUUAAGUGUGCGGUGCCAAGCAUCUUUUCACUAAAUUUUUAUAUAAACGUAUUGUGUCUUUGAAUCAAAUUAAACAAAUGUUCUUAAAAAAAAUUAUAUGCAUUAACCACAAAUAGGAAAAAUUUAAAGGUUUUGAAAAUAACCGUUUUAUGCUUGGACGUGAUUUUAAACCUGGUUUGCUAGUUUUUAAUUUUGAGUUUUGAGUUAUAUGCACACAAGGUUUCAUUAAAAAAUAUGAAUUUUUAUUAAUUUUUUCGUUGCCUACGCUAACAGACACGCAGGGAAAUAAAUUUCUAUUCUAAGGGAGCGGGCGUGUUUUUGGGGCGAUUUUAGAAGUUUUUAGUAAAAAAUAGGCCUUAAUAAAAGAAGAUUCGACGAGUUUGAUAAAAUGGUUUUGCAGUAAUUACUAAAAUAUCGCAUAUUUUGCAUGUUUGAGAAUCACCGUUAUGAGGAAGGUAGCUGUUUGUGGUUAUUAUAUGGGAAUAACUCUAUUGAUCUCGAUCCUGUUAUUCAACAUUCAUAUAUUCAAAUAAUUCAUAUAUAAAAACCACAUACAUACAUACACACAUUCACACGUACGCACUUAUGCAUAAUUUAAAUUUAUCUCCUGAUAUUUAGUUGACCGACAGGUAUGAAAAAAUUCAUAUUUUCUGUUACACAUUAAAUU